GUCAAGACAUCAGAGACAUUUCCCAACUAAAACCAUGCAUUCACUGAUUGCCUUCGUCUGCUUCAUGGCUACCUUCGCCCAAAGCGCACCUCUGUCGGGGAGCAGCACACUUGUUGGUGAUCCGGUGUUUCAGGAGGAUCUGCAGAGAAGCCGAAGUUUAACAGAUAAGAUGCUGCGGUCUAUACCGGACACGCACAAGUCCUGCAUUCAUAUAAAGACUCUACAGCUCAAUUCUUCUGAAAAUGCAAAGUUUCAAACGAUGGCCUCCACUAUUGGCAUCCCCUCUGCUCCUUUACUCAAACCUCUUUCAGAAAACUUCAUUCUGGAGAACACCUUGACACGGAUAUACGAGGGUCUGCAGCUGCACCAGGCCUUACUGGACUCAAUAGUUCCUAAACUGGAAGUAAAAGAUAAAGUGAAUGAUCUAAAAGCUGACAUCAGAGAUCUAGGAUUUCUGAUCAGGAAGCUGCUUAAAUUGGUCCGAAAGGAUGCUGUCGUGCAACAGACCCCAACUCCAGUGGAACUGCGUCUGCCAGGAGAUUAUGAGGUCCAGGUGGCAGCACACCUGACUCUGGUGCAACUCCAGGCCUUUGGGGAUGAUGUAGACCGCUGCCUUCGGAGUCUAGCUCAAACCGACAAGGAAGCAGAGAGCUGAUCAAUUGGUGUCAUGUUAUAUUUGGCACGUGUCCAAAACAUACAUUAUAUUGCCAUGUUUUACUAUGGCUUUUAUUUAUUUGUUUAAAUAUUUAUUUGCAUCUAUUUGUAUUUAUAUAUUUAUUUAUGAAAUUGGGAAGAAGACUAUUUAUUAAGGAAAUUUAUUUUUGAUAAUUUUUAACACAGGCCUAUAUACUAAUUUACAUGACUUCUUUUUUGUAUGCCUCAUUAAACUCCAGUACAUGCAUUUUCUAAUCUUAAAUAAAAGGAAAAAACAAAGAUAAAUGUUUGUUUUGAGAAGCCCAUGCAAUGAAAAACGGGUGGUGGCAUUUGGCAACACAUGCUGCAUCAUUGAUGUAUCUGCGUAUAAAUUCCAGUGUGAAUCAUCUUGAACGUAUGCAACUAA